AACCGAAGGGAAGUCGGCGGCACAAAAUGGCGGCGGCGGCAGCGACGGCCGCAGCCGGGGCCCCAGGGUCUGGGGCCCCCGCGGCAGCGGCCGGGGCGCCGGGCGCAGGAAGCGCAGCCCCCGGAUCUCAGGGGGUGCUGAUCGGGGAUAGGCUGUACUCCGGGGUGCUUAUCACCUUGGAAAACUGCCUUCUCCCUGACGACAAGCUUCGCUUCACGCCGUCCAUGUCGAGCGGACUCGACACCGACACGGAAACCGACCUCCGCGUGGUGGGCUGUGAGCUCAUCCAGGCGGCCGGCAUCCUGCUCCGCCUGCCGCAGGUGGCCAUGGCUACCGGACAGGUGUUAUUCCAGCGGUUUUUUUACACCAAGUCCUUUGUGAAGCAUUCCAUGGAGCACGUGUCGAUGGCCUGUGUACACCUCGCUUCCAAAAUCGAAGAGGCUCCAAGACGGAUUCGGGAUGUCAUCAAUGUGUUUCAUCGCCUCCGACACCUGAGAGAGAAAAAGAAACCUGUGCCUCUACUGUUAGAUCAAGAUUAUGUUAAUUUAAAGAACCAAAUUAUAAAGGCAGAAAGACGAGUUCUCAAAGAGCUGGGCUUCUGUGUCCACGUGAAGCACCCUCACAAGAUAAUCGUUAUGUACCUUCAGGUGUUAGAGUGUGAGCGUAACCAACACCUGGUCCAGACAUCAUGGGUAGCCUCUGAGGGUAAGUGACUAAGACUUCUCCUCUGCUGUCCAAGCGCUUUGGUGCAGGACAGCGGCCGUCUUCAGCCAAUCCAAUGCAGGCUCUCCACAGAAGGCUGGCUCUAGACCGGUGGUAUGCCAACAAUAGUAUAGUAAUGGCCGGUGCUGCGUGUGGUUCUCUGGGACUGUGCUUCUUGUUCAUCCUCUGUUCUGCCUUGAUAAUGUACUGAUUAGAUUGAUAACUGUCUCGACUUGAAUUUUGUCCCUUUAAACUGCUGCACCUGUACAAUAAAGAUGCAACACCUUUUUCUUUUAAAAAGUCCUGUGGAAGGUGGUAGGAAUGGAGGUGACAAAUUGGCUGAUGGGGUCUCAGAUGGGCAGUGUGGCAUCGCAGCAUUAUUUCUAGAUGCCCUCAAGCUGCUCUUCUCAGCAGCUCAACACUGACAUGUUCUAGUAAAAGGUGUGCAUCUUUAAAUUAUCUCAUGGACACUGAAAAGUAUUGUUAGCUUAUUUUAAAUAGAGCAAUAAGUUUAAACAUAUGU